AAACAAGAAUAAGCAUCAAUGGGAGAAGGAAACCAAACUUCUGUAGGUGAAUUUAUCUUGCUGGGGCUUUCACAAGAUCCAAAGAUCCAGAUCGCGUUGUUCUGUGUUUUCCUGAUCAUUUACCUUAUUUCUGUAUUUGGAAAUCUGCUGAUAAUAAUCCUUAUCCAAAUUGACUCUCGACUUCACACACCCAUGUACUUUUUUCUUAAAAACUUGUCCUUUGCUGACCUCUGUUUCUCUACCAGCAUUGUACCCCAGAUGUUGAUCCAUUUCCUUGUGAAAAAGAAAAGCAUUUCCUUUGUUGGGUGUUCAACACAGAUAGUCGUCUUCCUCCUAGCAGGGUGUGCAGAGUGUGCACUGCUGGCAGUGAUGUCCUAUGACCGAUACCUGGCUGUCUGCAAGCCCCUGCACUACUCCACUAUCAUGACCCAGAGGGUUUGUAUCCAGUUGGCUGUAGUAUCCUGGAUCAGUGGCGCAUCUGUGUGUGCAGUGGACAGUGCAUUUACAUUGUGUCUUCCCUACCAGGGACAGAAUGUAAUUAACCACUACUUCUGUGAACCACCUGCUCUCUUACAGCUGGCUUCUGCAGACACCUACAGUGCUGAGAUGGCCCUGUUUUCUAUGGGUGUGAUUAUCCUCCUAGCUCCUGUCUCCCUCAUCCUAGUCUCCUACUGGAAUAUCAUCUCCACUGUGAUCCAGAUGCAAACUGGGGAGGGGAGGCUCAAGGUCUUCUCCACCUGUGGUUCCCACCUCACGGCCGUGGUUCUCUACUAUGGCUCAGGAAUAUUUGCCUACAUGAGACCUAAUUCCAAGACGAUGAGUCAAAAAGAUAAGGUCAUCUCUGUGUUCUAUUCCGUUAUGACUUCAAUGUUGAACCCCAUCAUUUACAGCCUGAGGAACAAGGACGUGAAGGGGGCUCUGAGGAAGCUGGCUGGAAGAUAA